CUAUGAGCGAUGCUGUUGUGAAACUAGUUGACUGCCUAUUGCAGUCUGUAUAAUCAAAGAAUAAAGAGUUUACAAUUUCGAAAAGGCCGAAGUUGAUGUAGGCUACAACAGAAAAUACUGAGCAGCAGAUUGAAGGAUUAGGCUACACUUCAACAGGGGAGCAUUUUACCUAAGUCAACAAUCAUUCCAAUGGCCCGUGUAGCCACAGCCACUGUUUUAUUAUUGCCGUUCAUACUAACGUUUUUAUGUGUGGUGGCAGCAGAAGGCGGUGGGCUGAAGCUGAGAAGACAGAAGAGAGAAUGGAUCAUUCCUCCUAAGAGGUUGAAGGAGAAUGUAGAUUACACCAGCCAAGAGUACAUCUCAAAGAUUCGCUCUGAUGAGCAGUACAUGUCAAAGGUGACUUACUCACUGACUGGGAUCGGUGCAGAUCAAAACCCCAGGAGCCUAUUCACUGUCAACCCAAAUACAGGCCUGGUCAGAGUCAAUGGAAUUCUGGACAGAGAGAAGAUACCUUCCUACCAUUUACUUGGAGUAGCGACAUACAACAAUGGAAGCAGAGCAGAGAAGGACAUUGACCUGCAUAUUUCCGUUGAGGACCAGAAUGACUGCCAACCAGUGUUCGUCUUUGGCCAAUCUGGAUCCGUUAAUGAGUCCAGUGCUGCAGAAACCGUUGUCAUGAAAGUUUUAGCCACAGAUGCAGAUGAAGUGAACACGCUACACUCUCAGAUUUACUAUAGCAUAGUGCAGAAGAGUUCUUCAGAUAGCAUGUUCGCCAUCAACUACCAGACUGGAGAGAUCAUGGUUCGCCAGACUACGCUGGACAGAGAGACCCAAGACACCUACACCCUGACUGUAAAAGGCUCAGACAUGAACGGAGCAAUGGGUGGAAACUCAGGAACAGGACAGGUGGUGAUUAAAAUCCUGGACAUCAAUGACAACAUCCCCACCCUGGAGAAAGAAUAUUACGAGGGGAGUGUGUUGGAGAACACGGUCAAUGUGGAGGUGCUGAGGAUCAAAGCCACUGAUCUGGACCUGAUGUACACUGAGAACUGGCUGGCUGUGUUCACCAUCAUCACAGGCAACGAAGCCGGCUACUUCACCAUCACUACCGACUCCAAGACCAACGAAGGCAUUAUUAUGAUAACCAAGGCACUGGACUAUGAGGACCUGAAAGUGCUCAACCUUGCCAUAAGUGUUUCCAACAAAGCAGUGUACUACUUUGGCUCCUCUUCUACGAGUGGAGGGAUAGGAGGAGGAGGGGUUGCAGGCGGGGGUAUGACGGGAGGUGGUAAGACCUACCCCAUCAAGAUAAAUGUGAUCAACCAGAAAGAGGGCCCCAGAUUCCAGCCAAUGGUUAAAGUGGUGACCAUCUCUGAGGACUCCACCACAGUCACCAUUAACAAGGUCAUCACUACCUACGCAGCCAUUGACAGUGACACACUACUGACUGCUACCAAUGUUAGGUAUGCCAAAAAAUCCGAUGUAGACAACUGGCUGAUCAUUGAUGAAAAGACAGCAGAGAUCAAGCUGAACAAAGUGCCUGAUCGGGAGUCCAAAUACCUGGUCAAUGGAACAUACUAUGCCAAGAUAAUAGCCAUCACAACCGAUCUGCCAUCCAAAACGGCCACAGGGACAAUAGCUAUCCAGGUGGAGGACUUUAACGACCACUGUCCCAUACUGACAGCUACGGCUACGACCAUGUGUCUGGGGGACACCACUGUGUAUGUCAAGGCUGUGGAUGGGGACACCUUCCCCAACGGAGCUCCCUUCAAGUUCAGAGUGAUUCAGGGGGACAGCAAACAGAAGUGGACAGUGGAGCACCUCAAUGCUACCACUGCCAUUUUACGAGACCAUGCCCACAUGUGGCCAGGUCACUACAAGGUUGCUGUGGAGAUCAGUGACCAGCAGGGGAAGGCCUGUGCAGACAUCCAGAUUCUGAACGUGGAUGUGUGCACCUGUGAUCAGGUCAAUAAGGUCUGCUUUGCCUGGAAGAUGGGUAAGGACGUCACAUUAGGAGCAUCUGCCAUCCUGCUGCUCCUUCUGGGCCUCCUGCUGUUGCUGCUGGUGCCCCUCCUGCUGCUGUUCUGUCUGUGUGGAGGAGUGGCGUCCAUAUGUGACUUUAAGGCCAUGCCAUUUGACACUAAAGAACACCUGAUUCCAUAUCACACCGAGGGAAAAGGAGAAGACAAGGAAAUUCCACUCCUGCAAAUUCCUGUGGCGAUAGAUGGCUCCAUCAAAGUUGUUGACUUGGCAAACAACGGGGAGGGAAUGGGAUUAAUAAGAGAUGCAGGGGCUGCAGGAGGAUCAGCAGGAGGAGUGUUCGGGGACGGCUUCACCCCGUCCGCAAUAAGCACAUGGGAGCACAACCAUUCCCAUGGCUCCCACCAGCCCAGCGGCAGAGUGAAGGUGAGCUACGGCGUGGGUGGAGGAACCAUGACUGGACAUGAACACUUCUCCAGAUAUGGAGCUGGAGCUUAUGACGGGGUCGCUCUCUCCGAGGGAGACCUAAAGGAGUACUACUCUGCAAAGGCCAAUCAUGCUGCGCAGAACGACCAACAGAGAGAUGACCUACUGAUCUACGACUAUGAAGGUCAGGGGUCACCGGUAGGCUCUGUUGGCUGCUGCAGCCUCCUGGGGGCCGAUGACGACCUGGACUUCCUCAACGACCUGGGGCCCAAGUUCAAGACCCUGGCCAAGAUCUGCCAGGGGUCAAUAGCUAUGGAGGCGGAGACUGUCAACAUGUCUGUGUCAUCCCCUAGACCUAGGCCUACCACAUCCACCCACACAGAGGUCAAUAGAGACACAGCUCUCAAUGUCAAUACCCUGAACACCUCAUCCACCACCUCCACCUCCUCCACACCCCUACAGGAGAACCUGGUUACUCGGGCCCAAGGAUCAGCCACCAUCCGCAAGGUUCAGGAGAACAAGGUGAUGCCCAACAAGACCCUCUUCAUCCAGCAGCCCCCUAUGUACUACGCUGCUGCCCCCACCAUGUACAUGGUGGAGCCCCAGCCCCAGUUGGUGCUGGUGGAGCAGAGAGGGGGAGGUGGUUAUGUCCGUGCCCAGCAGGCGGUAAGCCAGGUGGGGGUAGGGAUGGGUCAGGGGGUGGUGCAGGUAGGAGGGCUCCAUGGUUCUCAGGGCAUGAUUUCACUGGAGAGGCAGGUAGGAGCAGGUGGUAGUGGGGAAGGACAAGGUCAUGUUGUUAUGGGGGCAAGCCAGGUCUUACAGGGAGCGGGCCACACUAUUUUGGGGGGAGGUCACAUUAUUACAGAGACGAGCCAAACCAUUACACGGGGAGGCCAGUUUCUACAGGGGGCAGACCAGACCAUGAUCGGAAAAGACCAUCUAUCGCCAGGAGGAAACUUCUCACAGGGAAGCCUGUCCGGGUCCAGGAAAGUGCUGGUUGUUGAGAGCGGGUCUGGGUCAGCCUCGGCAGCAGGGUGCAGCGCAGGCUUAGGGGCUGCCCAGGUCAUCAUGCUGCAGAGAGGCCAGGGGUUAGAGGUCAAAUGUCAUAGUGUAGAAGUGAGAGGUCAGGGUGAUGCUUCCUCGUUGAGAUCCAGCUCCCUGUGUGGCACGGCAGGGUCAAACGAGGCCUCUGCUACUGCUGUCAAAGUCACCACCACGCCCACAGCUGCACCCUGUAGCAGCAGCCACACAGCUGUGGUGCAAGAGAAGAAAAUAUCUGUCACUGAGAAAUACGUUGAGACCAGUACUAUAGCGUAGAAAAACAACUUCACAUCAGCUUGAUAACAUACUGUACACUGUGGGUUUAAAGGUGAUUUCUAGGGAGAGAGAACGAGAUAGAGAGAUAGAGGUACUGGUGCUUUGUGCUGGUGCUCUCUUCUGGUCUGAAAUACAGGAAUUCUACCCAUUGUUUGUUAACAACUCUUUUAUAACACUUUUAGUUUUUAUUAUCACGAUUACCAGAUGGUAUAUAAUCCUAAAUAUGAUUCAUUGAUACAUUGUAAAUUAAUGAUUGAGAGGAGAAAGGCUCCGACAGCGCUGGAGAGGCGGGAGACUCCGACAGCGCAGGAGAGGCGAGGCGCACUGUAGGCCUGAUGCGUGGUGCUGGCACUG